ACUCAUCCAGCCGGUCAUUUCUAUCCUCACCUUUGUCAAGGGCUCCUUGUUGCUAGGAACUGUAAGUUUUAAGGAGGUGACUGACCCCUCAAAAUAUUGCUCAUGGGACAAUACACCAGAUAAUGUGACGAUUCUACUUUAAAAUCUUAAAUUAAUUUAAGGAGAUUUUUAUUUUCAUCCUUAAAAAGGAGUAUACCAUUUUAGAUGGCAUGCUUAAGAAUUUAAAAAAAAAAUUUUUUGAUGCUCAUUUGCAUUUCCAUCAUGACGAUAAAAAAAAUUGACUAAAUAUUUAUUUCUGAAAAUUAUGGUGAUAAUAGACAAGCUUUCCUAAAUUUGUAUUAGCCCAUAUGCAAUCAUAAAAUGUUAAUUCUAUCAAUAAUGUUCAAAAAAAUUUAAGUACUGCUUUAAAUCUGAUCCUACUAAGUAAAUAUUUCAGGCUGCUGUUACAUUCUACGUAGGGCUGGCUGUGGCUGAGAAAAUCAACAAUGAUUUCUCUUAUGUUGGUGGACCUUUCCUCAUGGGCACCGUAGCUCUUGGUGGGUUGAGUUUGCAAGUUAGGUUAUUUCAAGUACCAUUUUAUGUAGAUUACACCCAUUGUCAAAUUCAUUUUAAAAAUCUUAAUUUUUAUAAACAAUUAAAUUUUUUUUAAAAUGUUCAUUUUUGUGUGAGUUCUAAGCUCAUAAAUAGGUUACUAGCUUAUUGAAUGAAAAGUAGGGUUUAUUUGUUUGUUGACUUUUUUUUUUUUUUGAGCAUGAAAACAAUCCCCUAAAAUAUAUAAAUUGGGGUAUUACCACCAGGUGAUUUGAGCUCUUCCUGGCUGUAGUGAUACAUAAUAUAUCAAUUUAUAGAAUUGAACCUGUAGUGAGCUAUGCACAGAUGGCUAUUGUGUUUUUUAAAUUCAUUUUUGAGCACUAGGCAGUGUUAUAUACAUAAAUAUACUGAAAGUAUUUAUAACAAAAGUAAGGGGUUUUUUUUUCCCCUUGAGGAAGUUUUUUUAAAUAUUGCCCUGAAUGGUUUCUCAUUCAUAUGUUUAAGAUACCAUUCAGAGCAAUUUUUUUUUAAAACUGUUUUCUUCCAUGAAAAUUACUUUUUUUUAGAAUAACUUCUCAAAGGGAAAAAAACAACCUUUCUUUUGUUAUAAAUCCUUACAGACCGAUGUUAAAGUAACAUUUCUCAUUCAUAUGUUAAGAUAUGUGUCUUUAAAAUCUGGCUAUGAAUGGUGUCUUUAACAUCUGUCUGUGAAUAGUGUGAUUAACAUCUGAAUGUGAAUGGUGUCAUUAACAUCUGGCUGUGAAUUGUGUUUUUAACAUCUGGCUGUGAAUUGUAUCAUUAACAUAUGAAUGUAAAAUGUGACUUUGUUGUAAUGAUAUUUUUUGGCUUGAAAUAUGGUACAUCCAUUAACAACGUGUGUCACUUUGGGCUGUCAUUGGAACUUUGGUACCGUAUCAUACUUAUUUUGUUCACUUUGAGAAAGGAGGUAGUAAAGAACUGUUUGAAAUAUUCAGUAAGAGAAUUAACAACUGCAUAAAUCAAACAGAAAAAUUCCAAACAUUUCACUAGUUAACACUAUUGAUUCCAUUUUGUAUUUCUAUACUUUGUACAGCCACCCUCCUCGCUUUUUUCUACCAUUAGAUUUAACAUCAGUAGAUUUGCAUUUUUAUUGUAUUUAAUAUUUUAAUAUGUCUACUUACAUAUUUACUGACUUGCAAUCUACUAGGUGGUGUUUGCAAUACAAUGCCAUAUACAUUUGAGAAAGUCCCUUUCAAGAAAAAGCCAGUAAGACUGUUAGGGUAUUUCUGCAUUAUUAAGAUUUUUUAAUUCUUUUUUUUUUUUUCCCCUUCAUUUCUUUCUAUUAUCUAUUGGGAUACCUUUAAGAUUUGAAAUUGAGUGAAGAAUUUUUUACGUUUUAAAAUUUGACGAAAUUAAUUAUUUAUAUUCUGUCAAUAUUACGUCUUGAUAAGUUAUUUUGAAACAUAAUUUUAACAUGUUUAGCCUUAAGGAGCCUGUCUUAAAAUUAUUGUUGACUGUUGUCCACAGUCUGGUGUGAAGAAAAGCCAAUAUUUUUGCCUUAAAAAGGGUCUUUUGAAUAAGUUUGUAUUUUAAGUGCAAGAAAAAUUUGGUGGCUGGCAUUAGCAAGGGUUUAGCUUUUACAAAUUUGUUUUUUCUUCAGAUUUUUAAUUACAGACUGGCUGUGCAACUUGGUUUAUGGACUUGUGUUUUACUCAAUAUUUUAUGGUAGGAAUAUCUUUGCCUUUUUUUAUUUUAGAAUUUAGUCUUUGAAUUUUCAUUCAGGAAAAAAUAUGUAAUCCACCUCCUUUCAAAGAUUCAGUUAACUGUCAUUAGGAAAUUGUUUUUAAGAUAAAGAGAUGAGAUGGCAAAUUUCUGAAUGAAAUAGUCAUUUGAUGAAUCUGAAAAGCAGGUUAAAAUCUUGCUUUAUUUUUAUUUUAAAUGCUGAUAUUUAUUACCUGGAUCUGGACUUUUUUUUUAUUUUCAAUAAUGCAAGGGUCAUACCUUUACAAUAAAAGUUGAUUUUAGAAAAAAUUCACCAAACUAAAAAGUUAAUAUUUUCUGACCUAAUCAGCUAAUCUUUUUCAUGUGACGUUUAUAUUGGUGUAAAGAAAUUUUAAACUCACCAGCAGUUAAAGUAAACUGAACUAUACUCUUUACUGUUCAACAUUUAGUAAAUAUUUUAAUAUCCCUUUAUUGUAUUUAGUCCACAUCCAAAUUUGAUUUUUUUUUAAAGUUUGUAUAGUUUAUUUUCUGUUUCUAUUGAUGACUCUAAUUUGAUAAAGUUUAUGAGAGUUUUAAAUGAAAAUUUUGAGCUCAAUAUGAAAUUUAUUAUCUGUUGUUUUUUUUUCAGGUGCUGGGCAGUAUUAGACAUAGUACCACAAACUAUUGAAAUGGCCUGCUCAUCUCGGACAAUAAGUGGUCAAUUAUACUUAAAUUCAACCAGUGUGACCGAUGUCUGCAGAGGGGAACUCUCUCUUGAAGGGUAAAUAAUGUAAAUUAAUUAAUUUAAACUAAAAUUGUCAAAAUAACAACAAUGGUUUUGCAAAUUGUUUUUUUUUUUUAAUUGAAAUUUAAAAGAAACAAAGAUUGCCUUUAUGUGAGCAUGUUAUCCAUUAGUAGUCUCCCCUGCCUCCACAAGUAAGUUGACUGAACCUGAAUCUUAAGAUAAAUACCCUUAGUCUUUAAGUGGGCAUGUUAUCCCCCCAAAAAAAUUUCACCUGAAUCUUUGGAUAGAAAUCUGGGCUUUUCAAAUACUCACACUUCUAUUUAUUAUUAAUUACAUACCAAAUAACUACUUUCCCUUUACCAUUCUUCCCCAGUGCUGCAUCAAAGGGAGAGAUCUCCACCAUUCCUCUGACAAAACUCUUACAACUUGACCAUCCGAACUUCACCUGGGUAGCUGUGCUGAUAGAAGUGUUUAUAGUGGUCAGCAUCAGCGUGUCCUACCUGACCAUAGGCACCGCUCUACAUCAUACUUGUAAGAUGGUUGUGAUCCAUCUUCUUAUCAUGAACAAGUUGAAGAUUUUUUUUUUUUAAAUAUUUGUAGAUUUACAGAAUGUUACUUUCAAAGAGCUGUUGUUUUUUUUAUAUGCCACAUCAAAUUAUUGUUCUUUAAUCCUAUCUUUUAAUACUCAAGUUAUAAAACAGCAUUAAAAAAUUACUGUUAAGCAGAAUCUGGCAAAUGGACCAGCAGUACAACUGGGGCAUCUUUCAAAAUUUGUUCGAAAAUAAAUUUUAAUUGAAUUGUAGUUUCUCAAAAGCUAUUUAUAAUCUUAUUGUACGCUUAAUGCUCCACAAAAGUAUAGAUUGUUAAUGCAACACUGGCAGUGGUGAUUUCCCACUCAAGAGUUAAAGAGUACAAGAGUCAUUAUAUAACUAGAGGUUCAAUUCAUGCUUGUUUAUUAGGGAUAUUCCAUUAAUAGAAAUCUAAAGAUUAAUUUUACCUCAUGGAUUUAAAAAUUAAGAGUUUAAGACAUUUUCAUAGUAAAAGUUACAAGCUGUAAACUGCUAAAUUUAAAAGAUGGGACUUCACACAUUUGUAAACCCCACAUACGUAACUUGUGUCGGUGUCAAUAAUUAGAAUAUUUUUUUUUUUAAUUCAGUGAGUGGCAUUGUGGUGUCUUUUAACAUGAGGAAAUCAGCUUCAACAAUGAGCAGAAUCAAGAACAAGAAAAAAUUCCCCAAGGAAUGGUGAGUCCAUCUUUAAGCUUAUUAUAGGGGUCUGUUAUGCAUUAACCUUUGUUAAAAGCACUCAAUUAGAUCAUUUAUUUUUAAUUAGUUAUUAGAUUUAUUUGUGUGAUACAAAUUAUAUAAAGACAAUAAUGAAGGCAUUGCACAGUGUUUAAAGUAUUUUGCUGAUACUUUUUAAUUUGCUGAUAGACUGUAAAAGCAGAUGACCAUCUUAUAAUCUCAUUUGGGUGCUGAAAUGAAAAACAUGAUAAUAUAAUUGUAUCUGCUAAACUGCAUUUAGCCUCACAGAUUAUAUUAGCAUUAAAUGUACCAUACUCAAUUAUUUAUUUGUCUUGUUUUUAUUUUUUAUAUAUUUUUUUUUUAAAAGCUGUCUGAGUUGUUUAUUAUCUCUCCAUAAUUAUAUAACAUUAAAAAUAGGAAACCUUUUGGUUAUAAACUGUUAUUAUUUUAAAGGAUUUUAUUUUUAAAAAAGAAUUAUCAUAUUCUAUUUAAUUAUUUAAUAUACUAUUUAAUUGUGUUUUAUUUGAUAGGCUUGCCAAAACAGGGUUAUCGAUGGCCGCCUUUACAAUUGUAUUUGUUGUCGCAAUGCUAGAUCCAGAGGUAAGUGGCUCUUUUAAUGCUUCCUUAGGUACAUUUUUUCUCUGUUGUGAAUGAAUAAGUUCAUAUUUUGUCUUUAUUAUUUUUGAUACCGUAGUGUCCUGUCUUUUCUUUUCAAGCCUCAACAAAGCUUGUUCCACUAUUUAUUUUUUUUAAAUUGAAAUCUUACAAAACGUAUGAAAAAAUAAACCUGACUCUUUUUAAAGUCAAAAGCAACUGUUAAGGCUUUUAUCUAGAAAUAUUUUUCAUUCAGGCUGAAUUUUUUAAAAAGAAAUAUUUACACAUUAACUGAAAAUUAUGUGAUGCGAAAAAGUUAUACAAAAAAAUAUAUAUAUAUGUAUAUAUAUAUAUUCGGCAGGGCUUUGUGGAUAUCCUAGAAAAGUUGGUGUCUUUCACAUUAAAUACUGAAGUUGGUGUAUUCAUCUUUUUGAUGCUCAUAUUUGCCAGGAAAGAACCCUUCAAGUAAGUCUUCAGAAUAAUUACAUUCAUCUAUCUUGAAUUAAAUUGAACUAACUUAAACAUAAACAAUUAUGUUCAUUAAAAAAAAUUUUUUAUCAAUCCAAAGGAAUGAUUUAUUUAAAGUUAUUUGAGCAAUUUUUUUUUUUUUUUUUUUUUUUAAGUUUUUUUGAGUAAUUUUUUUUUUUUUUUUUUUUUUUAAGUUACUUCAAUCUGAUUCAUUAUAUAAUUAAUGACCUUUGAAGCCUAAAUUAUCUUUUGAAAUAGGAAGAUUCAAUCGGUAGCUAUAUCCAAGUACACAAAUUUAUACUUUUUAAAAAAGAUUUUCUUUAUACUGGCACUUCAGUCUCGUGGAGGGUAAUUUUUUUUGUUGACACACUUGACAUUUUAAGAGUGAAUCAUUCUCCUGCAGUGUUCACCUGGUGAACAGCUGGAAAAGGGUGGGUAGGGGAGUGAGCGAGCUCCUUAAAACUGGGUCAACAACGGCUGGUCGACACUGUAGCUCAAAUUAUCGUGGUUGAUCGCCUUUGCUUUGUUGAUUCGACAGGUGGUGGGUGAGCUCAGAUCUACUUUUUAAAGACUUUCUUUCUACUCGCAUGUCCAUCAUGUGGAGGGUAAUUUUUGUUUGUUAACACUCGUGGAAAUUUAAGUCUUUCUUGUGCAGUGUUCACCUGUUGAAAGGCUAGUAAAAAAUACUGGGUCGACGGAGGCGGGUUGACACUUAAGCUCAAAUUAUCGUGUUUGACUAUUUCAACCUUGUUGAGUGAAUGGGUGGGUUGGUGGGUGAGCUUUGAUCUUCUUUUUAGUUGUAUGGCUAGGUAAAUAGAUAAGUCACUUUAACCAUGAUUUUUGUAAGCAUUUGAUGUUUUAAAAAAAGUAAAUAAUUCCAUAUUUGUUGAUAAUUUACAAAAUUUUAAUUUCAAAACCAAAAUGUAGGAAAAAAAAAUGUUUUUAAAAACUUUUAAAAAAAGAGACUUUCAAUCAAAGAUGAGUUAAAACACACUAAAAAGUAGAAAAUAUUUUUUUCUUAAAUUCUUAAAAUUUCUCAAAGAAAGUGUGUUGAGAAAAUAUUUUAAAAAAUUAAUAAAAAUAAAACAUUUAAAUUUUGUCUAUAUUCAUUUCAAAUAUUUUGGCUUCAUAGAAUGCUCAUCUUCACUUCUGCACAGUCUUUCUUUUAAAUGUAUUGUUUGAAUAUAAUAAGUUACUUCAAGGAAUUCUUUUUUGGACCAAAGUAAAUUAGAUUACUUUCUGUUUUUAUGAGUUCACAACACAUGAAAUGAUGUUAUUUCACUGAGUGAGAACACAAUAGCUCCAAAGUCUCUUUAGAUUAAAAUUGCUGUGAUAAUUUAUGUAAUUUAAAAGCUCAAGCCAGGCUUUUGCCAGUCAUCUUGGUAGAACCUAUUAUUUUAGUAAAAAUACCAAGUUAAAUCAAGACAGAUUUUUUAAAUCUCCAAACUAUUAAUUCUUUAACUGAAUUUUUGUUUAAAAAGUAAUUAUUUCAGCUUUUCAAAUAGCUCUUGAUAUUUUUUCUUUCUCAAAAUUCAAUGUUAUGUCCCUUAUUUGAGAUAAUCACCUUUCUGUUUUUUUGUUUUUUUUCUCCCACAGACACCUGGAGAUUCCCUUACCUGUAUCCAAGUGCCUCUACCGUCUCAUCUACCUGCUUCCCCUGUUUUUCAACUUUGCUGUAUUCUAUGACAUAUAUAGUACCAUUGCAGAUAUUGUUAAUCCUAGGCAAUACCCCAGCAUUCUUAUCAACAUCUCAUUACCAGGGAUCAACACAACAGGAUCUGACAUUCUGAGUAAUGUUACAGGUAACCUGUCAACAACAACUGUUGCACAUCAUACUUGAGCAAGGUAUAUAUACAUACACAGAAAUGGGAAAUGAGCAAUAAUAACAAAAUUUAGAAAAUCACACAAUUAAGUAUUUAUAAAUAUAAGAACUUCAAUGUUGUUAGAGGUAGCUAAGAAAUAUUUGGAAAUGGAACACAAAAUUAUGGAAAUGGUAAUUUUUUAUCAAAAGAAAAAAUUUUUAAGAAAUAUCAGGCUCAUAUUAUAACUUUUAAUUUCAUGUGUUAAGUGAAGCAUUGAUAAAAUAUCCAGUUGGU